AUGCCUAAGAUGUUUUCUGGUAGAGGAUAUUGUACACAACCAACAUGUUUUCCUGUUUUGGGUGCUCCUCCAAUUGCUGUUUUUCUUUGUAAUACACACUGCGGACAUAUGUUAUGCUACAGACAUUGGCUCUCUCAUCAAACAACCAUCGCUGAUGAUGAUCAAAAAGAAAUGGAACAUUCAUCAUCAACUGUUACUCUUGAUUCAGAUCUAGAUGAACAAGAAAAUGUUCCUGAUCUUUUAAAAGAAUGUACAAAUCAAGAAGAACAUCAUACAUCAGACAAGAAUAUUAAUCAUUCAAUUAAAUUAUCAGAAAAUAUAGAUCCAAAUGAAAAGCAAGAAAAAAUUGAAUCAAAUGUAUAUGCUAAAGAAAUCGAAUGGUGGAAUGAAAUAACACCAUGGAAAAAUAGUGAAGAUUUUUAUACUAAAAUAAUGAGACACUCAACUGAUGAAGACUUCGAUUACAGUGAAUUAUAUAAUAGAAAUGAUGAUUCAGAUUAUGAAAUCAAGGGAAAAAGAAAGAUAUCAAAGAAAAGAUUUGAACAAUCUAUAAGUUGUCGUUCAUAUUCCGAUGAAUGUCCAUUAACAUUUGAUGGAGCAUUUGGUUUAAUUCAAGAAUAUCAUCAACAUUCUUUAUGUACAAAAUCAAGAAAUUCGAAUAAAAAAAUAUGUCUUUAUCAACAUUUGAAUUCUAAACAUGGUUUUACACGUCAAAUAUCCAUUCGUCUUGUUAAAGCUAUUAUUGAACAAAAAGAUCCAAAGAAAACGAAAUUAUUUUCAUUAACAAAUGAUACACCAUCAACCUUAUUUGAUCCAUAUCAUAAAGUAAAAUGUCCAUUUUCAACAAGAUCUGAUCUUAUAAAUACACCAUGUUUAACACAAGAAAUAACUCGUAAAAGUUUUCGACGACAUCUAUCCGGUGUACAUCGAUUAGAUCAACAAACAAUUAAUAAACUUAUGAAAGAAAUGAUUAAAUAG